GUUGUCCCAAGUUUUCCCUCGCACUGCGUUCAAAAGAAACAGAAUAGGGGGUGGACAACUGGGGGGAAACAGCUAAUUAUUGGACUGUAUCUAUGUGUCAAAUUUUCCACAUCCAACCCCUCUGUGGUAAAUAGAGCAGAGGAAAUGCACCUGUCAUGGAAAAUGUGGAGAGGCGCUCCUGCCUGUCUGCUGCAAACUUUCCUCAUCUUCCGGUACUUGGGACUCCUCUAACGCACAAAGUCAACAGUCCUGGAGACGGGGAGGCAAGUAAACGCAGAAGUGGAAAAGAAAGGCACGGUUAUGGUCAUAGUCGAUGAGGACAGUGGGUAAAUCUGUUUGAAUAUCUCGCUGCCGUGGUGACGCAAACCGUGUAGCGGGGUGCCGUCGACUUCCAACAACAGGGGAUCUUCUCGAUGCGACAGUAUCUGGUCCAAGCCAGUUAACCUGCACUGAGGGGUUUUGGUUGAAGGCACGAUGCCCCAGUCCCCUGACAUGAUCAACCUGGGCUUCCUGUCUGACUCCGAGCGGGAGCUGAUCCUGGAGGUGCUGCGGCGGGAUGAGGAGCUGAGGCAGGCUGAGGAGCAGCGCGUGCGGAAGUUGAAGACAGAGUUGCUGGAUGUCAAGAGGAAAGGGGCCAAACGUGGCAGUGGAAGAUACAGUCAGCGUAGCUGUGGCAGAUGCCUGGAGCCUCUGAGUCGACUGUCUGUUUUCUCCAGCCAGUGUACAACAUGCAAUCACUAUGUGUGCAGCAAAUGCCGAACAGUCCUCCCCAACGGAUCCUGGGUGUGCAGUGUGUGUGCCAAAGAGUCGGAUCUAAAGAAAAUGACAGGCGACUGGUUCUACGAUCAAAGGGUCAACCGUUUCUCCACAAUGCCUGGACACAACCUAGUGAGAGUCUCCCUGAAAAAGAAAUCGCCUCUGAAGAAGCGUGAGACAAUGGGAGAGGUGCUGUUGAGAAGUACUGAAAUAAACUCAGAUCUUCCCGCUCCUGUGCCUCGGCCCAGGCAGAAAAUUCAGACAGAUAACAAAGGUCAUUCGAGUGAGAAUUCAGGAUCAGUUCGCUAAGGGAAUCAUUUGAAUCAAAGGACGAAGUUUGGCCAAAGACAACUCGCAGUGGACACAGAGUCUGCAGAAAAUGCCAGUUUAAGUAGCAAUAAAACCGAGACUGAGUCCUGCCGUGUGACCCCUGAGCAACCAAGGAGGGAGAACCGGUCCAGCCCAGCAGGGUCCAGUGUUUCCAGUCUGACCAUCCCAGUCAAAGCACAUGUCGUCAGCGGUGACAGCGCCAACUCAGAAGCCAACUCUGCCCCGGAAGUAAAACUGGUCAGUCCGAGCCCAGAGUUGGACGUUGAUAAACUCUUUAAGAAGAGUGUUAAACGAGCCCCAAAGCCUGCUGAGUAUGUGUCGACACUGGACCUGCGUGAUGGUUGUGACACAUCAGAGACCUCAAUGGGCAACAGGAGUCGCUCUGUACCAGGCUUAGACAUACAGGAAGAUGAAGAGGAGGAGGAAGAUAUCGACAGCUUGGUUAGCUUUCAUAAAAGGACAAUGGCAUCGAGCUCCUCCAGCCUGCAUAGCAAGAGCACAAUGGGCAGCCUGAUGAGUAUUUACAGUGAGGCAGGAGACUUUGACAGUGUGGAGGUGAGCGGAGACAUCGUCUUCUCCCUGAACUACGACGAGCACACCCAGAGCCUCCAGGUCUUCAUCAAGGAGUGCCAGGGGCUGGCCUUUGGCGAUGCCUCGCGACAGCUUACCAACCCUUAUGUCAAAUGUUACCUACUCCCCGACAAAUCUCGCCAGAGCAAACGGAAGACCACCAUCAAGAGAAACACCAUCAACCCUGUCUACAAAGAAACACUGAAGUACUCCAUCAGCCGCUCUCAGCUGCUCACCCGCUCCAUAUUGAUAUCAGUCUGGCAUCACGGUCGUCUCAGCCGCAACGCCUUCUUGGGAGAGGUGGAGAUCGCUCUGGACUGCCGAGACCUCGACACCGCAUAUGAGGACCGUGUGACUCUGUUGGCAAAGGCAGCCUCUACUGUGCCGGCUUCAGCUUUUGCUCAGUACAAAGGAGAGUUGGUGAUCUCCUUGAAGUAUAUCACACCUAAAAACGUGACAACCGAGAAAAUCAAAGGCAAAAAGGCGGUGACUGAAGAAGGGGGAGAGCUGCACGUCCUAAUUAAAGAGGCAAAGAAUUUGAUGGCAAUGAAACCAGGAGGCAUGUCUGAUAGCUUCGUAAAAGGAUAUUUGUUCCCAACUAAGGCGAAAAACACUAAGAGGAAGACUCCAGUCAUGAAGAAGAACUUGAACCCCCACUAUGAUCACACAUUUGUGUUUAAGGAGCUGUCUCUGGAGCAGCUGAGGGGGAUGUGUCUGGAGCUGACUGUGUGGGACAGAGAGGCCAUGCUGAGCAAUGAAUUCCUCGGAGGAAUCCGUCUCAGCUCUGGAAAAGGCACUGUUAAAAUAGGCAAAGAGGAAGUGGAGAAGGACUCCGUUGGAGAGGAGGUCAGUCUGUGGGAGAAGAUGAUGCAGUACCCCGACUCGUGGGCAGAGGGCACUCUUCCACUACGGUCCACCAUGGGGAAGGCGAAGGCCAAAUGAGGACGGCGGCAGAGGCCUGGGCCAUUGGAAGAAAGGAGACUGAAAUGUGGAGAAGCUGCAGCCUCAGAGACAAAUGUGAGAUUGUGGAUUCAUUUUAUUUUGCAGGUUCAUCAGACCAGAAACACAGACUCACAGUUUACUGGCCUGCUGAACUCUAAACAUCUGCUCACGCCUGCCUCCCUGUGUGAGAGCAGCCCCCAACCCCCAGACUGCAGACUGGUGUUACUGUUUAAAAUGUGCCAACACUAAACUCUUUAUUUUAAGAGCACUGACACAGUCAUUUUAUGAUUUUAAAAAUUCAGGCUGUAUGUAUUAUCGCAAUUAAAAAUCAUGCACAGCACUUAGCACAGAAACAGUGUCACUAAUGUGUCGCCCUUUUCUCUAUAGUUGUGUACAAAUUUACACUGAGGUUGGGAAAUAAUUCAUUAUAAACUGUAAUACUGUAACUAUAAUACAGAAUUUCUGGUGUUGCAUCCAACAAAUUGUGCUUAGUUUAAUCCAUACCACCAUAUUUUAGAUAAAUACUAUAAUGUAAAAUUAUAUUUAUAUAUAAGUUGAAUAAAAAGCUUUGUUUGAAAUUA